GGCUGUCAGUCUCUGGAGAGCCCUAUGGGGUUGGGUUUUUUAAUUGUCUUCAUUCGUCUCGCUGUUUGUCACCUAUUCCGAUUCCAGGGUGGUCAUGUUGUCGUGGGAAUCGCUGUGAUUUUUCUCCCGCACUCCGGAGCCGGGCCUUCCCGUGACCCAAGCCCCAUGGACCUUGACCGAAACGGUUUGGCUUGAGCGAGGACACAUCUCAUGUCUGUGAAGGCGAAGGCGGGGGGGCGUACCCCGGCGAAAACGACACCCAUCGGGAGAACCGGUCAGCUGCGCCGCCAAGAAGACCCCGAAAGCGGAGGUCGGCUGUUCAGAUCCCGGGCCUGGCGCCAAGACCCAGCGUGCGGCGCCUGCGUGAACCGCGCCAGGCGUCACUGCCGCUGAGCGGGCCGCAUGCGCUGACUCCCGGCACCGUGUGGCAUCGGUCUGGGACUGGCGAGACCAUCGAAGCUUAGUUUCUCCUCUCAGAAAAGCCACGUGUCUGAUUUUCGACUUCUCCCCCGUCCCUGGCUAAAAGAUCAGCAAAAAUCGUGCAUGGAUACACGCCCUACACUUUUUCGUAGGUCCUAGGCGCUGUGCCAAAUGGAUGACCCAACUCUUCCUGGGACUAUUUCUACUCCAGAUCUCUCUGAUGGCGCCAGGGGAGAAAGCAGACGGAGGGAGGAGACGCACGGGUGAGGAGUGUGUUCAAGCAACUCAGAAACUACGGGAGAGUGAACAAAACCCCCAGGAUCCUCAGAAAGAUCUCUUAGCAGAUGGGACGGUGACGAUAAAGGAAGAGAACAGCCCGCUGCAAACGGACAGGACGGUCUCGGGACAAUCUGACGGAAACGUUUCCCCGAGUCCCGAGCGAGUAGAAUUCUACGAGAGGUGCAAAGAUCUGGGGGAAAUCCCCGAAGAGGAGUCCCAGAAGAAAGCGGGCAUCACGACCGGAGCUGUCGGGAAAUCGAAGAGGAUAAAAGUCCACAUGGAAGAGAAACCGUAUCACUGCCCCGAGUGUGGGAAAAUCUUCGCCCGGAGGUCGUUUCUUACGACGCACUGGAGGAUCCACACCGGCGAGAAGCCCUAUAAAUGCCCCGAAUGCGGGAAAAAGUUCACCGUCCGCUCCACCCUUAUUAAGCACAAGAGAAUCCACACGGGGGAGAAACCGUACCCGUGCCCCGAGUGCGGCAAAAACUUCCGCCUCAGUUCCACCCUCUGCACCCACCGGAAAAUCCACACCGGCGAGAAACCCUACAAGUGCGUCCGGUGCGGGAAAAGCUUCCGCGUCAGCUCCUACCUCCUCGCGCACGAGGCUACCCACAUGGCGGACAACCCUUACCGAUGCCCCGAGUGCGGGAAAAACUUCAGCGUGAGCAGAGACCUCCUCGUCCAUCGGCGCAUCCACACGGGCGAGAGACCCUUUCAGUGCCCCGAGUGCGGGAAAAGCUUCAACCGGCGCUCGAUCCUGAUCGUGCAUCAGAGAGUCCACACGGGGGAGAAACCGUACCGGUGCCCCGAGUGCGGGAAAGGCUUCAGCGUCAGCUCCGACCUCACGGCGCAUCAGCGGAUCCACACGGGAGAAAAACCCUACGCCUGCUUCGACUGCGGGAACCGCUUCCGGCUGAGUUCCCACCUGGCGAGACACCAGCGGAGCCACACGGGGGAGAGACCCUACACGUGCCAGGCUUGCGGGGAAAACUUCAGUGACUGCUCUGGGCUCAUUAAGCACAAGAGGCUGCACACGGGAGAGAAGCGAAGGCCGGCGCCCGUGACGCAUCCGGGACCCCCCACGGGAGCAGCGCUUUACAAAUGCCCCGAGUGUGGCAAAAACUUUGGCGUGAAUUCAGCGCUUAUGAAGCACCAGAGACUCCACACGGGCGAGAAACCGUAUAGCUGUCCCGAGUGUGGGAAAAACUUCAGUCACUGUUCCGCCCUGAUGAAACACCAGCGCAUCCACACAGGGGAAAAACCCUUUCAGUGCCCCGACUGCGGGAAAAGGUACAACGACAGCUCCACCCUCCGGCGGCACCGGCGACUCCACUCGGAAGACAGGCCCUAUACGUGCCCCGCGUGCGGGGAACGAUUCGGUGCCGCCUCGGGCCUGGCUAGACACCAGAAAAUCCACACGGAGGAGAGACCCUUCAAAUGUAGCGAGUGCGGGAAAAGUUUCCAGUCCAACUCGCUGCUCAAAACGCACCAGCGGAUCCACACGGGCGAGAAGCCCUAUAAAUGCCCCGAGUGUGGGAAAAACUUCCGUCAGAGCUCCCACCUUAUCCGGCAUCAGAAGAUUCACACGGGACCCAUCCACGCCGGGGAGAGACCCUACCGCUGCCCCGAGUGCGGGGAAAGCUUCACCCUCAGCGCGGACAUCGCCCCCCACCGCGCCCUCCACGCCGGAGGCCGGCCCUACAGCUGCCUGGAGUGCGGCAAGUGCUUUGCGAGUUUCUCCGCCCUGAUCUCGCACCGGCGCAUCCACACGGGCGAGAGGCCCUACCCCUGCCCCGAGUGUGGGAAAAGCUUCACGCGCAGCUCCGACCUGAGCAAACACCGGCGCCUCCACACCGGCGAGACCCCCUACCGCUGCCCCGAGUGCGGGAAGAGCUUCACGCAGAGCUCCAACCGGAGCCACAUCGGCGAGCGGGCCUACCGCUGCCCGGACUGCGGGAAGCGCUUCAGCAACAGCUCGCAGCUCAUCCGGCACCGCCGUAUCCACACCGGGGAGAAGCCGUACACCUGCUCCGACUGCGGGAAGAGCUUCAGCCAGAGCUGGGGGGUUCUCCGGCACCAGCGGAUCCACUCCGCCGAGUCGCCCUACAAGUGCGCCGUGUGCGGGAAGAGCUACAAGGGGAAGGAUUCGCUGGCGUCCCACCAGAAGGUGCACGCCCGAGGCACGGGGGCGCUGCCCGUGGGGUGA